GGGAUGUGUGAGGAUUUGUGUAUAGCCAGUCGGUGUGAGGAGUGAGAUGAAUGGACUGAAGGAUGCAGUGAGUGGAUGUAUGCGAUUCGUUCGAUGCCAGCAAGGCAGGACAGCAGGCAGGCACCGAGAUGAACGAAUGACUUGACUUGAACCACGUGAUGAGUCAGUCACUGACACCCAGAAAGCCAUGUGAGCAAAUCGGCAUCAUGAGUUGGUCCGUCAGUCAGUCAGUAAUUCAAUCGGUCGGUCGGUCGGUCAUCGAGCUACUUGUCCCAUCAGUCAGUGUGUGUACACACAGCAAAGGAAGAGAAGCACAUCAGAUCAGAUCAGAGACGCUGCAGGUCUGGCGCUUUCGGCAAAGCCCUCUGCAUCACACACACAUACGCCACCAACACCAGACAGAAAGGCGCACACGUUGGUCAAUUAUACGCCUGGGUGGAUGAGUGCGUGGCUUCCUCCUCCCUCCGUCCGUCACCUGUAGUUGCCCUAUGGGGUCGUAUAUCUCGCACCAGUAGGUCUUCUCGCUGUGCCUGUCGUAGGCCACGCGCACAUCCCCGCCCUCCCCCUUCUCGCACCGAAAGAACACGUUCGUCCCGAUGGUCUCCCUCUCAGUCGCAUACAUUCGGAACGGACAGGCCUCACCCGCCUCCAUCCGCAGGCACAUGCAUGGCUUCUCCUCCAUCAGCUGAUAGGGGUCUCCGUACUUGCCACCCAGCAGCGCCUCGGGCGGCGCCGGGGGGUACUUGUCGACGGCCUCGAUGGUGUUGAUUUUGCCGCCCAUCUUGAAGAAGACGCUGCGGACGAACUCAGGGAACUCCAUGAAGACUAUCUCCUCCUCCUCAGUGUAGUCAGACGAGCUGCUGGCCGCUGCUGCUGCCGAUGUUGAUGCUGCUGCUGCUGCGGCUGCUGCUGCCGCUGCCGGUGUGGGAGAGGAAGUGUCAUUGGAUAUGUCCAUCGGGGAUGGACCAGAGCCUGCGGUGUCGGCUCUUGCCGAUGACCCAGAGGCCUGAGGCUGUUGCUGCUGUGGCACAGCGGCCGCACUCCAAUCGAUGGGCACGUCCUCACUCAUGUCAAUCAGAAAGCAGACCGAUGUGCCUCACCUGCCUGUCACUGCC